UUUUUUGUGUGAAGGGGGUUAACCCAGUGAACAAUCCUGCCUGUCUUUCCCAAAAUAAGUCAGUGGGAGAGAGAUCGCCGAGUAAGUCAGGGGAGAUUGGAGCAGUGAGGUGCACAGCCCUGGUUAUAAGUCCCGGGAGUAGGAGCACAACCUGCUUGGACCCACAGCCUGUAGCUCCAGAUACAUUGCCUUGCUGCCUGCCUGCCUGCCUGCCUGACCUGACUGACUGACUGACUGAGUUUCACUCCACUGUUACUCACUCUCUCUCCCUCUCUGUCCUGCUCCUUUGCUCCUUCCCUCCUACUUUCCACCCUGGAGAGCGAGAGCGCACAGAUUGGGAAGGUGCUCCUCAGACCUGCGUCUGGACAGCUUGAAGACGACACAGAGAGGAUUUCUCCCUCUUCUCUCUCGCGCGCUUUCAUCCCCUCGCUUGCUUUUACCAUCUCUGCCCAAACGCACAUGGAUGGACUUUUUUGCUUUUUGCUGGAGGCAGAAACAUAAAAGCUGACAGACAAUUUGCUCCACCUGCAGUUGAAAUUAUUCGCUUUUUUUUUUAACUUUUGUUUUUGUCCUUUUUUUUCUCCCCCCCCUCCCUUCCCCUGCACUUUUGAGCAGCACUGGACCGACUCGGGGUGCCGGCUCUUUCCCCAGGAGGACACCACUCCUCAUUUUUGGCUGCAUGUUCACUGAAUAUCUGACGCAUCCCAUGGGAGACACUCGUGGCUGAAGCAAGGAGGGAGGUAGAAGAGAGUCCCACCUGAAGCGCACGUCCACCGCCGCCCUUACCCAGUGCACCCCCCUGCCCCUCAACGCUCUGAGGAGAGAAAGUUCUUUGCGUGUCAUACCUGAAGACCUGGGAUGCCGGUGACCAUGCUGUUGGCUCCUGUCUGUGUGCUACUGAUGCUCGGGGGGCGUGCUCUUGCGGGAGGCUACGCCCCCAUACCCCACAUGAAGUACAUGCAGCCCAUGAUGAAAGGGCCUAUUGGACCUCCGUUUCGAGAGGGCAAGGGGCAUUAUGUUGAUAUGCCACCCAUGAUGGAAGUGAAAGGGGAACCAGGCCCCCAAGGGAAACCCGGGCCAAGAGGCCCCCCUGGGCCACCAGGACUUCCAGGAAAACCAGGAAUGGGCAAGCCAGGUCUCAAUGGCCAGCCAGGGCCUCAGGGACCUCCUGGCUUUCCAGGAAUUGGUAAACCAGGACUUCCAGGUCUCCCUGGAAAGCUUGGGCCAAAGGGGAUGACAGGACUGAAUGGCGAGGUUGGCCCUCGUGGUGAGCCAGGUCCCCGUGGUCCUCCUGGGCAGCCUGGACUUCCUGGUCCCGCAGGUCUGUCUCUGAAUGGGAAACCUGGACUUCCAGGUGUCAGAGGUCCCCCUGGGAGUCGUGGUGAGCCAGGAAUAAAAGGCAUUGCUGGCCCACCAGGUGAACGUGGACUUAAGGGUGAGAAUGGUAAUGGGAAGCCAGGGCCUACAGGUAUAAGAGGUCCUCCUGGACUGAAAGGCAGCACAGGGCCGCCUGGGCUUCCAGGUAUUGGCAAACCAGGACCAAAGGGUUUGCCUGGACUACCUGGUCUUAAAGGCGAUCAAGGACUCCCAGGGGAUCUAGGAGAACCCGGACAGCCUGGGGCUCCAGGUUCACAGGGCCUGCCAGGGCCAGCUGGGUUAGGGAAGCCUGGGAUAGAUGGACUUCCUGGAGCACCAGGUCCGCUAGGUCCGAAAGGUGAGCCAGGGCCCAAGGGAGCAUCUGGAAUGCCUGGGGUUCCUGGCUACGGAAAACCUGGUUUGAGUGGUCCAAAGGGAGAAAAGGGUUAUGGUGGGGCUCCAGGUCUUCCAGGGGACAAAGGAGAGCAAGGACCAGCAGGUCUUCUUGGUGAGCCAGGGCUUGAUGGACUGCCAGGUGCACCGGGAGUUCAAGGACCAAUGGGACUCCCAGGAAAACAUGGAAUGCCUGGACAGAAGGGAGAGCUUGGGCCACAAGGCCCUCCAGGUCUGCCCGGUCUUAGGGGUGACCAAGGCCCCAGUGGACUCUCUGGAAAACCUGGUAUCCCGGGGGAAAAGGGUAUCCCUGGGCUUAAUGGUCCCAUUGGAAAACCUGGACCCAAAGGUGAGGCUGGGCAUAUUGGCCUUCCUGGGAAUCCAGGGCUGACAGGAUCUCAAGGGCCUAAAGGGGAGCCUGGGUUUAUGGGGACUCCUGGUCCCAGGGGCCAGUCAGGUAUUCCUGGUCUUCAGGGGCCUAUGGGUCCCAUGGGCCCACAGGGUGUUCCUGGCCCAAAGGGUGAAUCUGGACUUCCAGGGCCUCCAGGGAUGGGUAAGUUUGGCGAAAAGGGAGCUAUAGGUCCCCAAGGUCCUCCAGGGAAACCCGGCCCAAGCGGGCUUAAUGGUAAUCCUGGCCCACCUGGCCCUCCAGGACCCCCUGGACCUCCAGGAAAUGGCCAAACAGUUGUUGCAGGGCCAACAGCUACAGAGUUGGAAGGGGGUGAAGUACCAAGGGACAGAAAGGGGCCUGCAUACAGCCAAGUUCCACUCUCUGCCUCAGUAGCACCAGCCUUCACAGCAAUUCUCACCACACCGUUCCCUCCCUCUGGAAUGCCAAUCAAGUUUGACAGGACCCUUUACAACGGGCAAAAUGCAUACAGCUCUUCUACUGGCAUGUUCACGGCUCCUUUAUCUGGUGUCUACUACUUUGCGUACCACAUGCAUGUAAAGGGAACUAGCCUGUGGGUGGCAUUGUACAAGAACAAUGUGCCAGCCACUUACACCUAUGAUGAGUACAAGAAAGGCUACAUGGACCAGGCUUCUGGCAGUGCUGUCCUGGAGCUGAAGGAGGGUGAUCAGGUGUGGGUCCAGAUGCCCUCAGAUCAGGCGAACGGCCUCUAUUCUACCGAGUACAUCCACUCCUCCUUCUCAGGAUUCCUGCUUUGUCCCACAUAACCCUGUCCUUUCCUUAAAACAUGUUCCUGUAUUGGCACCUCAGAGCAGCCCUAAACCUAAAAUACCUGCAGCCAUAAUAGUAACAAACACCCAUGAAAUUCUCAAUAGUAUUGCCAUCAUCUUUAUCUGUCUCGCCCGCAGCAACACCAGUGAAUGAAAACGACAAACUUUGUGAAUGAAAUAUGGAAAGUUUUAAAAAAGACAGGGGAAGGAAUAUAAUACUGUGUUCUUUAUUUCAGUGUCCUUCAAAUGUGUGUUUUGGGUUGUAUUUUAUGUUGGUGUUUUUUAGCUUAUAAUAUUUUAAUUAUUAUUUUGUCAUAAUUUUAUUGUUAUUAUUUGGUCCUCGUCAUCAUUGUUGUUGUUGUUUUCAUGGAUUCAGACUAUUAAGUGCCUUACUUUGUAAUGUGCUAGUAACAGACCUUCCCGUGUGACUGCACAUCCUGCCCACAAGCUCUGACAUAAGGACAACAUCACCAAACCCCUGGGGGCCGGAGGGUGAUCAGCUCCCUGGCUGCAGCCACGGUCCGACCCCUUGUGCAUUAUUUAAACCAUGAAUGGAAAUACUGACAUAAAGAGCAACAAUACAGAACAGAAGAUGUAUUCAUACAAUUCCAAAACAAGGCAUUUGGUACUCUAAACACUAUGUUGAAACUAACUUAACAGGAUUAAAUCGUUUUUUUUUUCUUUUCUUUUGUUUGUUUGUUUUAGAUCAAGAUAAAUAUUUUGUCAAUUACUUGCAAAAGCAUGUGUUGGGCCCUGUUUUUUAUGUUUCUUUCCAUAUUUAGUAGCCGGUUUUUUCAAAAGAUGGGUCUUCAUCUUUCUUUUAAUUUACUGAACUUGCAAUCCGACCAAUCCAAAAUGGCCUCACAGUAUUAGAAUGUUCACAUAUGAAUUGCCCUUUUAAAGAGGAUCAACAUUACCAUGCCUUUUUUUUGAACCUUCAGGACAAUAUUAAUUAAAAUGAUAUGUAUGCAUACAGUCAAUGUUUACAUGCCAUAGAACAGAUACCGAAAUCAUCUUGCAAAUGGACACAUGUAUAUCUGGAUCGAUGACCUGUUUCCUUUUAUCGAUCAGAUUUUUUUUUUCUCUCAUUUGCACUGCAGCUUCUGUUACCAUGUCGCAGGCAUUGUCUUCACAUGCUCUGACCGUGACGUGACUGAUUUCUCAUGGUAUACUACCUAUUAAUAAAUCAUAACCAUAUUCCAAGGGGAGCAAUCCUGCACUGCUACACUUAGAAAAGUCCCAUUCUCACCAACCGUACAUUUCAAAAACUAUUAAUAGGUCGAAAACUCAAUUCUUCUUAGAAAACAGGUGGAUUACAGAUAGAAAUGCGCCCAUUCCGUCCUUCAGCGCCAUUUCCUGCGUGCCUUGUGAUUGUUGCAGGGCAAAUGAAAGUCAUUUUGACUCAUUUGUAGUUGUUAAUGUUCAUUUGCCAAGCAUUGUCACCAGACAAAUGGCCGAAUUAUUGUGAGGUUCAUGAGAGCAUCCAUUGCUACGACGACAGGAUAUUUCGCAACCGGAUAAUUUCAAACUAUACGGCUGGAAAUGGAAAUCGAUUUGCAUUUACUCCGUAAAUGAGUAAAGGGACCGACUGAGGCCCACAGGUUGUGAAAUACAGGUUGUGUAAUAUUUAACAAACCUCUGCCAGAUUUCUGGGAGAGGUGGUAGGUCAGAGGUGAGAUCUGUGUAUUUACUCGUUUCUGUUGGAUGAAGCAUUAAAGAUACACUCUGUAUGUGUGUGGGCUUGUGUGUUCUAGUAGGUGUAGUUCCCUGUCAUUAUGUGUGUGUACAUUGUGUGUGUGUGUGUGUGUGUGUGUAGUUGUGUCACAUUGUCCCCUUGGCAUUCAGGUCAUGAACACUUCAGCAGAGAUAAUAUUAAACUUGAAUGAAGUUACAAAACCUUUGUAGGAAGAGCUCACCGUCCCAUCAGCGUGCCACGAGAAUUCAGAAUGAUUUGUCCUCCUUUGGGUUUUAAGAGAAUCUCACAAGAGGUUUUAACUUUACUAAUGAUGCAAAGUAAGGGAGCGAGCGAUUGAAUAGGUGACGAAUGUGGCAUGGGAAAAGUGAAACAGGCCAUUCUGCAUAUUGGUCCGGUGAAUGGAAAUAACGGCGUGCAAUAAUCCUACCAAAUCAAAAAAGACAAACUAUGAAGUGUGCAAAAUUCAAUGGUUGCAGUUCAGGAAGGCGAAAGAUAAAGAGGUCUGGGCAAAACUGUUGAGAAAGGUUGGUGCUUAUAUCACUGUUUGUGUGCCUUUUAUACGUGUCUCAGGUCAGACGGGAUUCCAGUCUGACUUAUGCCGCCCAAACAAUUGUUACACUGAAUUAUGACUACCUUACACCCUGAUGGAGGAAUGUCAAUGUGCAGGAGGAGGAUUGUGCCAAAUAUUGAGCAAUUAGAUUGAAUGUAUACUGUUUGACUUACUGCAGUUUCUUUAAACCAUCUACGGUGCCACAUAGACAGCAAUUCUUCAAGUUGCUCUGGAAUAGCAGUGCGAGGAUUAGGCCUAAUCAGUAUUUUACAUCUAUCUAAUGCACUUAAUCUUUCCCUAUGGUCUCAUAAUACAAACACACCUACAACUGCUAUGUAUCAUUGUUGUUAUGUGAGUCUACAAGGCAGUCCGGGGCUCGUUAUGUACUGUAUGUUGCCUUUUUUUUUUUUAUCACUUUUUUCCUUUCCUUUUUUGACAUAUGAAACGGUGAUGAGAACAACAUGUGGCUAUUACUCUCUGUACUUAUGUUUUCAUAGACAAUGUCACUUGCUUGCUGAGAUUGCCCCGCGUGCAAAUCAUUCAACAAGUGUCAGUAAGAUCCGCGUACCGCCUCAAUCACAGAUAGUUCUGAAGUGUUUUCUGUUUUUCUUUAUGAUUAAAUAAAAAAUGAAAAAUACUAAAAAAAAAAAUUCACAAAAGAUUCACAAAAGCCUUGCUUCGGUUCUUAAGGGAUAUUUGUUUGUUUUCGUUUCAAUAAAUACAAACGGCCGUUCCCAUUUGCACAUGAAAUUAAUGAAGAUGUAUUUAUACAUUUAUGAUAAUUUAAUAGGGAUGCCAAAACCGACCACCGAAGCCUAGAGCAGUUUAUAUGGUAUUUAACGGCAUUGAUGAGUUAAGAGCAUUUACAACAUGUAGUUAGCAUUCUAGAGUUGUUUGUGAAGGAUUAUUUGUGGACUUUUUAUUUUCUAUGUGUGUUAUGUACAAUGUAUCAACGUAUAGGAUUUGUUUUGUCAUACAAGGCUAUUGCGUGCACUCUAUGCAAUAGAAUUUGGGUAUAAAAUGCACUCCUUUUGAUUGAAAAUGUUCGUCUGCUUAUACAAAAUCUACAGUACUUGAUUGUAUUGAUACCACAUCAAUAAAAACUUUCUUGUA